GAGGGAGCAUGUCGGGGACAGCGGGCACGGCCAUCUGCCUGCUGCGCUGCGACCUGCGCGCCCACGACAACCAGGUGCUGCACUGGGCUCAGCAGAACGCGGAUUUCGUGAUUCCCCUGUACUGCUUCGACCCGCGGCACUACCUGGGCACCCACUGCUACAGCUUGCCCAAGACGGGGCCCCACAGGCUCAGGUUCCUGCUGGAAAGCGUGAAGGAUCUGAGGGAAACGCUCAAGAAAAAAGGAAGUACCCUGGUUGUGAGGAAGGGGAAGCCGGAAGAUGUGGUCUGUGAUCUGAUUACUCAGCUGGGCUCUGUCACUGCUGUGGUUUUCCAUGAAGAGGCCACGCAGGAGGAGCUGGAUGUGGAGAAGGAGCUGUGCCAGGUGUGUAGGCAGCACGGGGUGAAGGUCCAGACGUUUUGGGGCUCCACGCUCUAUCAUCGGGAUGACCUUCCCUUCAGGCCUAUUGACAGGUUGCCUGAUGUCUACACCCACUUCCGAAAAGCGCUGGAAUCCGGGGCCAGGGUCCGGCCAACCCUGCACAUGGCAGAUCAGCUAAAGCCCCUGGCUCCAGGGCUGCAAGAAGGGACUAUCCCUGCAAUGGAGGAUUUCGGGCAGAAGGAUCCUGUGGCUGAUCCCAGAACGGCCUUCCCGUGCAGUGGAGGAGAGACCCAGGCUUUAAUGAGGCUGCAAUAUUAUUUUUGGGACACGAACCUGGUUGCUUCUUACAAGGAGACUCGGAAUGGGCUGGUGGGAAUGGAUUACUCCACGAAAUUCGCACCAUGGCUGGCACUGGGCUGCAUCUCACCUCGGUACAUCUAUGAGCAGAUCCAGAAGUAUGAGAGAGAGAGAACAGCAAAUCAGAGCACAUACUGGGUCCUGUUUGAACUGCUGUGGAGGGAUUACUUUCGGUUUGUGGCCCUGAAGUACGGCAGAAGGAUUUUCUCAUUAAGAGGGCUUCAAAGCAAAGAGAUCCCCUGGAAAAAGGACCUUCAGCUCUUCAGCUGUUGGAAAGAGGGCAAAACUGGGGUUCCUUUUGUGGAUGCCAACAUGAGGGAGCUGAGUGCCACGGGCUUCAUGUCGAACAGAGGGCGGCAGAACGUCGCCAGCUUCCUCACCAAGGACCUGGGGCUGGACUGGAGGAUGGGGGCAGAAUGGUUUGAAUACCUGCUGGUGGAUUAUGAUGUUUGUAGCAAUUAUGGCAACUGGUUAUACAGUGCUGGCAUUGGCAACGACCCACGGGAGAACAGGAAGUUUAACAUGAUCAAACAAGGCCUGGAUUACGAUGGGAAUGGGGAUUAUGUCCGGCUGUGGGUGCCAGAGCUGCAGGGCAUAAAGGGAGCAGACAUCCACACCCCCUGGGCACUGAGCAGUGCUGCUCUCUCCCAGGCAGGAGUAACUCUGGGUGAGACCUACCCCCAGCCAGUGGUGACAGCCCCAGAGUGGAGCCGACACAUCCACCAGAGGCCUGGAGGAAGUCCCCAUGCCAGGGGCAGGAGGGGGCCAGCGCAGCACAAGGACAGAGGGAUAGAUUUUUACUUCUCUCGCAAGAAAGAUGCUUGCUGAAGGCUGAAGGAGUGCUCAGCAGGAGGUUUUGCUGCUGGGGGUGCCUGGAUAAUGGUUAAUCACCUUCAACAAGCCAAAGAUACAGGUUUGUCACAGUAAAAUGACAUGGGAUCUGCCUGCUUGGUUCUCCCAGGGACAUUCUCUGGAUGUGGGUGUUUGGAGGUUGUGUGUUAGCACCUCUCCUUACUAUCUGGAGCCAGUGGUUUAUGUGGCAGAUGUUUUCAGUCAGAACUGAAACUUCCUAUGCUUAUUUUUAAUUUCUUGAAGUUUUAAACCCACCAAUCAUUGUGCAAUUAAAAGUUUUGCUAUUGGAGUAUUUUUAAUUUCUUAAAGUUUUAAACCCACCAAUCAUUGUGCAAUUAACAGUUUUGCUACUGGAAUAUUUUAUCUUCCUCAUUUCCACAGAGCUCCACAGACAGAGACUGCAGAGGAUGUUCUUUUACUGUGUCUCCUGCAGUAUUUUGGAGAAGCAGUGUGUUCCUCCUGAAAAUUUCAUUGCAGUACCCUUUGUUUUUUGUACCAUCCUGGAAACUGAAACAUUUUCAGAUCAUGGCCAAGAAUUGUGAUUUGUACUUGGCAUCAAAAACAAUUUGAAAUGGAUCCCUAACCAGUUUUAGGAUUUUAUUUUUAUGCAGAAUGUUGUGCUUGCUGAAGAAUUUGGGAAUUUGGAGAUGGCCAUAUUUGUGCUGUCAUGGAGCAUUGUCAUCUGAGAGGAGCUCAGAUCUGAACACUUGAACCACCAAAGAUGGGACGUGGUUCUGGAUUUAUUGCUACUAGAGAUCCACUGGGCCUGUUCUGUAAAGAAUAAUUGCAAUACUGUAAAACCUCUGAACAUUCUGGGUUGGUGGGUUCAGGUCUGGGUGAGAAAUAAACAGAUAUUGAAUACA